AUAAAUAAUGAGGACAUGGUGUGUGCUACAAUGACCACAUCCCACACUCGGUCUCGGACAUAGACUGCACCAACUUCUUCUUCUUCUUCUUCAACCUCUUUCCCUCUCUCCUCUUCCUUUGUUUCUCUUUCCAUGGAAGCUCUUUCAUUCCCCGCUAAAUCACGCUUCCUCUCAUCAACCUCCCCUCAAUUCACUAAUUUCAAGCUCAAAUUCAACCGUAAUUUUUCCUUUCCCCCAAAACCUAAACCUAAACCAAAAUCCCCAAUUACUCUCCGCAACAUCUCCUAUUUCGCCUUCGUCAAAUGCUCCGCUCAUUCUCACUCUCACUCCCACAACCAUAAUCACAGCCACGAACAUGAUCGUGACCACAAUCACCGCGAUUCUCACAACCACAAUCACAAUCAUCACUGUCACGGUCACGGUAAUUGCGAUUCUACUCUGACCAAACCUCAGCAAACAUUCCUCCGCUUCGCGGAGGCUGUAAAGUGGAUCCAUCUAGCUAACUUCCUCAGGCAACAUUUGGAGCUCUGCUGCUUCGCAACGGCGCUUUUCCUAGCCGCCGGCGCGUGCCCUCACUUGCUACCUAAGCCCGCCGCUGCGACUCUUCAGCAUGCCUUCACUGCCGUCGCCUUCCCUCUCGUUGGGGUAUCCGCGUCGUUGGAUGCGGCUCUGGACAUCGUGGGAGGGAAAAUCAAUAUUCACGUGCUCAUGGCUUUGGCCGCAUUUGCUUCGGUUUUCAUGGGGAAUGCGUUGGAGGGUGGAUUGCUUUUGGCUAUGUUCAAUUUGGCUCAUAUUGCGGAGGACUACUUUACUAGAAGGUCUAUGAUUGAUGUCAAGGAAUUGAAAGAGAAUCAUCCCGAUUUCGCGCUUGAGCUCGAUGUGGAGAACGGGAACAAUCCAUCUUUUUCUGAUUUGAAGUACCACAAAGUUCCUGUAAAUGAUUUGGAUGUUGGAUCAUACAUAUUGGUCAAAGCUGGUGAGUCAGUUCCAGUGGACUGUGAAGUUUUCCAAGGUAGUUCAACUAUUACUGUAGAGCACUUGACCGGGGAAGUCAAACCUGUAGAGAGAAAAGUUGGGGACAGCAUUCCUGGUGGGGCACGAAACCUCGAUGGUAUGAUGAUUGUUAAGGUGAAAAAGUCAUGGAAAGAGUCAACACUUAAUAGAAUAGUACAACUGACUGAAGAAGCUCAGCAGAGUAAGCCAAAACUUCAAAGGUGGCUUGAUAAGUUUGGCGAACAGUAUAGCCGAGCAGUUAUAAUUUUAUCUGCGGCUAUUGCAUUGAUUGGCCCAAUCCUAUUUAGGUGGCCAUUUUUCAGUACAGCAGUAUGUAGAGGAUCAGUUUACCGUGCAUUGGGGCUCAUGGUAGCUGCAUCACCCUGUGCAUUGGCUGUAGCACCACUAGUCUAUGCAACUGCAAUUAGUGCUUGUGCAAGAAAGGGAAUCUUAUUGAAAGGUGGUCAUGUUCUGGAUGCACUAUCUUCAUGCCGAAAUAUUGCAUUUGAUAAAACUGGUACUUUGACUACUGGAGAAUUCAUGUGCAAAGCAAUAGAACCAAUUCAUGGACAUGUUAGCAACAACAAGAAACAAAAUUAUAUGUGUUGUGUACCCAGCUGUGAGAAAGAAGCUCUAGCAGUCGCUGCUGCAAUGGAGAAGGGAACUACUCAUCCUAUUGGAAGAGCUGUUGUGGAUCAUAGUGUUGGGAAGGAUCUCCCUCCAGUCUCUGUAGAAAGAUUUGAGAAUUUACCAGGAAGAGGUCUUUUUGCAACAAUU